AUGUAUCCCUUUGAAAGGUUCAUGGGUGAUUCAAAGCAAUCAGUGAAAAAUAAAGGUAAAGUUGAAGGAUCAAUAUAUGCGCAUUUCAAUCACUUGAUGUUAACUCCAAGAAUCAUAAGGAAUCCUGUAAAUGUUAACAAAAAAAGUCAAUUUACCUUUUCAAUCUUCAAGCUUCCUGGUCGUCCCUCUGGAAAGAAGGAUGUGCAUUGGCUGACUCAAAAACAAAUGCAAUUUGCACAUAUUUAUGUCUUAACUAAUUACGUUGAAGUUAAACCAUGUCUUGAGGAAUUUAACAUCUCCUACUUUCAUAGCACCGGUGUACAAGCAACCUCUAGUCACAUACAUGCUCAUUUUCAAGCAUGGUUCAAGGAGAAAUUGUCAUGCAUUAUUGAACCGACUCAAGAAAUACUCCACUUUAGAAACUUGUCUGAAGGCCCUAUUUAA